AUUUUCACUGCCAGUUUAUUCGUCAUGACCAAAGAAGAUAAGGAGUAUCUUAGACUAUUAGAAAUCCAGAGGAAGAAUUUUGAAGCUCAAUUUGAGCCUGUGGACUUUGGUUUCAAGAAUAACGAUAGCAGCCAUACUGAAUCAUUGAGCUCAAACGAUGAAAGUUCGGAUGAACAAGAUAAUACUACAGACGAUAACAGCUUUCUAAGUGAUAGCAUCGAGUCUGAAGAUGAAGAGUUUAAGGGGUUUGAUGAUGUAGUACCCGAAAAAUCUAUUCAGAAACAACAAUAUAAGCCUGUUGUGGUAAAAUUUAAUGAUAAUCAAAAUAGAACAAUAGUAUCCAAAGAAGAUAAAAAACUAUCAAAAUUGGGUAGAAUUCCUGAUAUUAAUACAAUAAAUAAACAAAAGACAAUCAAAUCCAUAAACAAAUUAGAAGAAUCAAUUAAAAGCGAGGAUGUUAACGAAAUGGAAAAUUUGAAGAAUGAUGUUCAACUACAAAAAUUAUUAUCUGAAUCACAUAUUCUAUCAUCUGGAAUUUUAUCUAAUACCUACUCGGGUGUAGAUGUGACGUUGAAGACUAUUAAUGAGAAUUUUCAUGAUGGUCAGCCAGUUGGUAAAUUGAAACUAAAGGCAAUGCAUCAAAAAUUAAGCAAUUUAUCCGAAGAUUCUAGUAGAAAGAAAUUAGAUAAAGUUCCCAUGAAAAUUAGGAAAGAAAUGAAGAAAAAGCAAAUUCAGAGAAUUCAAAAUCAUGAAUCAAUGGCAAAAGAAGGUGGAAUUGUUCUAGCUAAAAACAAAAAAUAUGAAUUAAGGGAUUUAGAUUUGUCCAAUUCUUCUAAAAUAACUUUAAAAUCAGAUAAAAUCGGUAAAUAUACAUUAGGCAAAAAACAGUUAAAGGAAAAAAAUAAAGUUAGAUCAAGGGGUCUUAAAAUCAAUUCACUUGGUAAAUUUACCAAGAAUGGUCUACAAUUAAGUAAAAAAGAUAUAGAUAGGAUUUAUGGUAGAUAGGAUUCAUGUUAUUUAUAUAAUGAUAGAGUUGGAAUACAUAUAGGCUGUAGUUACUAUCUGAAGUGAUAUGAAUCCAAAGUUAACUGAGGCGAAACCAAUACCGAAAGAAUAAAAAAUGGUUGUUGAUAAUUCUCGCUUCGUGUUGAAUCUUAGACAGUUUGUUUUUUUUGUUAAUUUUGAAUGUAUUUAUAAUAAGAUUAUAGUAAGCUAAUCUUAUUUUUGUUAUUUAUAAACAUUGGUACAAUUCUGUAAAAUUAUCAAAGCUACGCACUUAAUCUGAGAGAAUAUUCAAUACUUGUAAGAGAU